AUGGCCAUCAAAGGUCAUUUGACGAAGGUAGACAUGAUCCAGGCAAGGCAGAGAACACGCACCCCCAACUCACCAUUUCCCUUGAUCUUGACUGUUUUGAUGACGAUUACAUUUUAUCUGGUUAUAGCUUACCUCUUCACUGUUUCGCUGCCUGGAACCAUUAUUGAUUGGAAGGAUUACUACUAUAACUCCUCCAAGCUCAUCAGGCCACCACUGGACAUUCAGGUCAAGGAGGCUAGGCUCGUUGAUGGAAUGAUCCCAUUAUCGAAGUUUACCGCCGGAAAGACUGGAAAGAGUGUUGCCCGAAGUUACCUCGCCGCACUAGAUUUGUUGGUCCCUGUGGAGGCCUCAGUCUCUGGCGUGAUCGGCAAUGAUACCUCAGUGGUCAAAGACGAGCGCCUCAAGACCAUCCGUGACCGCUACAAGCUGUCCAUGGCGUAUCUUACCUCCCCAGAUGACACCCCUGGCAGUAAUGGCAAGUCAAAGGUCGAUACGUAUGUACAGAAGCAGUCUAUGUGGGCUAAGGAGGUGGCUGCGUAUGCCCAGGCUCAAGCUCAAGCCAUGGAGAGGAGCCAGCCGCCACCUGGGGCCACCACUGCGCAGGUCCGAGAGGCCAAGGAGAAGUAUAUGCAGUGGAUCCAAGAGCAUGCCCGAGAGUUCAAAAACAAUAUCCAGACCAAGUAUAUGGACUGGGUGGUGCACGGCUACAAAUUCAUGGUCGAUUUCCACUUUGGAGUUGUCGACAUCUCCUCGGGCAUGAAGCGUAUUGAGAACAGCAAGGAAGCGUACCGAAACCUGACAGUCAUUGCUCCUGAUGGCUCAAGCGAGUACAACGGAGUUGUGCUCAGCCCGAGUAGCUGGGCAACCAUCGUGGCCAAGAAAGUCCUAAACUGGAAAAAGAACAACUCGGGGCCAUCCCCCGCCGAGGUCCGCGCCGAGAUUCGCCGUCUUCAGAACCUCUUGGUGUCUCACAAGACCCUACAAAAGGCCGUUGACGACGGUGUAUUCUUCCCUGUUCUGGCGAGCAACAAGGACGCAGAUCAGAGCGAGCUUCAAACUGCUUACACGGCGGUCUAUGCCAGCAUGGAUGAAGAGAACAAGAAACUAUUUGAAAAGAAGGAAGGCGCGCCGCCUGCUGAGGCUGACCCCAACGCUGCCAAGAGGGAGUCCCCUCUGUCGAAACUCGAGAACGCGCAGAAAGACUACACUGAGAAGAGCCUUAGCCGCACCACUGCGACUGUGCGUGACAUCGACGGCUCGAACAAGGCUAAUGUUAAAGGUUGGCUAGACGCCAGGAUCGGGCAGCUGGAGGCGGAUAUAUCCGAUCUGAAAGAGCAGCUGGGCAUUGCAAAGGAGCAGGCCCAGGCUAAGCUUCUCCCCUUGCCUGUUGUGAAUGAAAAUGGCAUUGUCAUAACAGACGAAGAAGCCAGGGCCGACCCAAGCAUCAAGAACCCGGGCAAACCAGACAUUGAAGACUUGGACAACGAGGAGACUUGGCGUAACAAGACCGACGAUGGGCCAGACCCCUGGACGAAGAUCUCGUGCAAGGUUUCCGCCAAGUCCGAUAACAAAGUCACUUCUACGUCGCAAUCCGCCUCUGCAAUCGCAGCCAAGGCAGGUUGGGGAUUUUUCAGCGCUUCCGCCAGCGCGAGUCACUCUGAGAGCAGCUCUGAGGCAAUGCAGCAAAUGUCCAACCUCGACGUUGAGAUCAGCAUGAGCUGCAUGGUCGUGGAGAUUGAACGCCCCUGGCUCCACGCAGAGCUUUUCGCCGAUGCCGAGCUUGACUCUGGAAGCUUCGAAAUCUCGCCUGGUGAAGAUGCACUCAAGGAGGCAUUUCAAAAUGAGAAAAAUCUUGAAGGCAAGUACCAGCAGUUCUCCUCAUUUCCAACUGCAUUUGUUGUCGCUGCCGAUGUAGAGCUCAGUUUCUCUGGAGACACAACUAAACUCGAAAGCGCUGUCUCUGCAUCGUCCACAUCGGCCAAUAUUUCCGUCGGGUACGGCCCCUUUGCACUCUCUGGGUCCCACAGCUCUUCCAAGUCCAAGUCCCGAACCAAGAUGGACUCCACUGCAACUGGCUGCAAGAUCUCUGUCCAGGCUCCGCAGAUUGUUGGCUGGAUUCAGACUCUCCUACCUCAGCUGCCUAAGCCGAAGGAUGGGAUCAGCACCAUGAAAGGUCUUUUCGCCUAG